AUGGCUUCCACGCCGCGAAUAGUGCUCGAUGGCGUAUCGACAGGGACAGCAACGCCGGCAGCAGGCAACGGGCACGAACAUCACCACUUCCACCACACCGGUAGAAGGCUCCGACACAUUCUCCGACCCGAUGGAAAGAAGGUCCACGUCGCAGCCUCACCUGAGGAGGCGAACCAUCUGCGUAAGACACUUUCUGUGACUGAGAAGGAAGAGGAUUUCGACGUCCUUAUCCAUGGAUCGCCUGAGCAUGUUGACGCUCUUCGUCACACGCACCAGCACCAUACAGAUCGACAUCAGCGCCUCAAAGAUGAACAUCCUGAGAUAGCAGCGGAGUUCGAGCGCGUCAUCCGCGAGCUAGACGAGCUGUCACGGGAGCUACACAUGGUAUCUUCGCACGCCGUGCAGCUAGAUGCCAGCUUCUCCAAGUAUGGCUACUCUGCACAUCUUCGGACGAAGGAUAGCCCGACAAAUUCCAGCGCUGCCUCAAUGAAUUCGGAGAUGUUUGACAAAGAGACGUGGGAUGCGGAGAGGAAGUCAGGCACGACAAUGCGGUUCUACCAGAAGCCGAUUGUAAGACAGUAUUUUCACAAGGGGUUGCUUUGGCGUGCGAAGGAAGCGCAGGAAGUCGCGUCCUACGAGCUAUUCAUCGAUCUCUUCUACGUCGGCAUCAUCGCCAUCACUGGCGACACAGCCGCCGAGCACGCCACCGGCGAAUCCCUCCUCCGCUUCAGCAUCACCUUCAUCAUGGGCUGGAAAUUCUGGUCCGACAUCUCCAUCCUCAUCUCCUGGUUCGACUGCGACGACAUCCUCCGCCGCUGCUCCGUGCUCUUCAUCCUAACUUGCCUCCUCGGCUUCACCACAAACAUGGCCUCUGCUUUCGAGACCACCUACACCCCCCUCGUGGCUUUCUACCUUGCGGCCCGCCUCUUUGUUGCUGCUAGCAUGCUCUGGUACGCGUAUACCAUCCCCAUGGUCCGCGCCUGCAUGCUCGUAAACGCCACCCUCAUCACCCUCCCCGCCGCCCUCUGGAUCGCAAGCACCCACGUCGAGGAACCCUCCCGCCAAGCCCUCAUCUGGCCCGCCCUCUCCUCGACACCUUCGGCUUCUCCAUCCUAA